AUGGCUGCUGCGGUUUCAUCAUUAUUCCGCUACUCCACUGGGGCCGUUGCGACAUCCGAGACCGCUAAGGCAUUCUCAUGGGAGGCCCCGGUGCCUGUCAAUACAUUCUGGGAUAGCUUUGAAUACUCCGUCGCUCGUAACUUUCUGGCCAAUUUCUCCGAUGCCGAGCUUACACAGCUGCCCAUUGACGAGGCAAGUUCCGAUGACCACCGAAUCAAGCUGCAGCUCCUCCUACGGCUGCUCCAAGAGAAACUAGAGCAGGAGGAGGCAGCUACGUCGCCUCCGCAGUCUCUCUACACAACCGAUUACCUGCGCUGGUACCAGUUGUGGCAGGGGAUCUAUUGUCUUCAAGAUAAAUUGGACCUUCCCGAGGCCGAACAGACCGUUCGGAUGCUGGUGGAAAAGAGGCCCGACGAAUCAAAUGUGGUGCCACCGCACAUGCUCGCGGACCACCUGGUGAAGAUUGGGAAGUACCAGGAGGCAGAGGAAACUGAAAGGCCGGUUUGCGCAUGGAUGGAUUCACGGCCGCACUUGGGACCAUCUUCUCCACAAGCCAUCAACGCUCGCCGGAUCAUCGCCCAAGCCUUGUGGGGGCAGGGACUAUCAAGGCGCUCGGAAGCCGAAGCCCUGGUGGCCGAAAUCCAUCGGCUCGUGGACACGAUGGAUGGAGGGAAGUUUGGUGUUUAUCAGGCUGAAGAGAAAAAGCUCAACGAGGAGCUUGUGGCCAAGCUCCACAUCUCCUGA